AUGUCCAACCUCAGGACCCACCACCAGCUGCACCCUUCACAGAACUUCCAUCCAAGAGGCAAAAGAAUUAGUAUAGAUCACUGCACUAGCAAGAGGACCCCAUCUUUCUUCAUCUGGGGGAAGCCCCGAAACACCCUGGGCAGGAGGACUUGGGUCUCUGAGAGCAGCCAAGUGGUCCCUGACAUCCCAGUGAAAAUUCUCAUUGUCCUGGUUAUUGGACACCAAGUGAAGCCCCUCCAUCCUGGGACUGGGCCGGUGGGUGAGGCCCCAUCCCACGCGCCCCACUUCAGGGGGCCUGAUAUUCAUUCAGGAUCCAGUCCCCACCGGCAUCAGGAGGACACCAGUGCGCACCCCAACUUCGGGACGCGCGCCCCGACCGUGGAAUUUCCGAGAUCCCCGCGACGCCCCCCGACUCUGGGUCCAGAACUCCGGGGACACCUCCUCUACAACCCCAGGUCCGUAACUUCGGGGACCCCCUCCCGCGCUGCCAUCUCUAACCCUAGAUCCAGAACUCUGGGGACCCUCCCCUUAUACCCAACUCCUAAACUUCGAGGACCCCCCUGCCAUCCCUCCAGUCCGCUGUCCGGAAUUCUGGGACCUCCUCCCGCGCCAUUCCGCCACUCCAGGUCCGCAACUUCGGGGACCCCUUCGCAGCCUCCUCCACCGCCGGGAGCUGAGCUGGGAUACACCUCCCCAGGCCGGAGCCCACCCGAGGGUCCCACAUGUCAGCUCUGUUACGGUCCUUUUUCUGGCCUCUUCCCCAAAGUCACACAGGGCCAUCGGGUUCAUGAGCAGAGGCCAUGCGGGUCUUCAGAACCAAGGCCCGAGCUCCCCAGAGCUCUGAGCCUCUCGGACAGGGUUUUACUCUGUCACCUGGGCUAGAGAGCAGUGGC